AUGAUCAGUGCAGAAAAUGAACGAUGGCUUAAUGCACGUAUAGAUACUAUUAAAAUGCGAAAUAUUUUCCAUCAGGGAGCUGCUGAUCUGCCAGCAAAACUACAAAAAGUUUUAUUAAAAUUUGAUCCAAACGAAAUGAAUAGCAGUGGUCAAUCCCUGAUUCAUUACUUGGAUAUGUUAAUUCGUGCAGGAUGUGAUCCUUCCGAACCUGAUAAGCGUCGAUUACGUACGCCACUUAUGAUGGCUUGCAUACUUCGUAACGGAACUGUGGCACAAUUUUUAAUUAAUUCAAAAGUAAACUUGGCAGCAGCGGAUCGACUUGGUAAUACAGCAUUAAUGUAUGCUGUAAUUCAUGAUCAAACAAAUGUAGUAGGCAAACUGGUAUCGGAAUUAACCAGACAAUGGAGUUUUAAUGUUUUUCAAGCUAAAAAUAUGAUGGGUUUCACAGCGGAAGAUUUGGCACUCAGAAAUGGACGCAACAAUUGUUCAAAGUACAAAAUUUACAACAAUGCUAUAAAAUUUGAUUGCUCACAAAAUCAUAUUUGA